GAAGGCAAGAACCCCGGACGCGUCGCCGCUGGCUUAAAGGCCUCCAUCCACAACCCCAACGUCAGCGACGAGGCGAAGCAGUCCGCGACCGAGCGUCUCCACGACAUGGGUGCCGAUGUUGACGACGCGCCUUCCACCGCCUCUGAAAAGAACGAAGACAACGUCAUCCGCGGCUACAAGGCUACGCUGCACAACCCCCGUGUUGGUGACGAGGCGAAGGAGCGUGCGCAGGAAUACCUCGAGGAGCAUGAUGCUGCGGAAAGUGUUGUUUGUGGACCGUAUCGAAUGAAGAACCAGUAG